AUGGCCCGAGGCCGGACCCAAAACAACCACCAGCAGGCCUUGGUGGAGCACAAGAACUACCUCUACAGGAUCUCCGCCAUCCUCUCUGCACGCUCGUUGGCCGAGGUGGCCGGUGGUGAAUUCAUCGACACCCACCUUGUGCCACUGGUGGUGCGGAUGACCGGCGACCCUGUGCCCAAUGUGCGCUUCAAUGCUGCGAAAACCAUUAAGGCCAUGCACAAGGUUUGCAUGGGGCGGCCACAGACCUUCAACGACAAGCUCGUGCCCUGCCUGUACAAGCUACUUGCAGACGAGGAUCCGGAUGUCAAGUUCUUCGCACAGAAGGCCGGUAAGUCGCUGCGUCGGGGCUUCUAUGGACAGCGGUGGAAGGGCUGGGAAGGAAAGGAUGGUCUUCCAGACGCCUUUUGGCCGGAUGUCGCGGCGAAUUGUGCUUGUGCGCGUUCUUUGAGCGUAGCGCCGAUGGAUCACGACAAUGAGAAUCCCGACAGCAGCACCAAAACGAUCGACGUGGGGCAGCUCCCCGUGUCAAACGGCCACGUUAUGAUCUCGGUAAGAAACAAACUCUCCGGCACUUCGAUGUUCUCAAUGAGACUGAACACAGACGAGCGCGUUGCGGAACUCAAGGGUGUUAUUAUCAAUAUGGGCGGUUUGAACGUAAACACCUGGCGCCAGCUUCUCCUGUUCUUUAAAGAGGAUUGGCCACUCGAAGACACAAGGCGAUUGGCAGACUAUGGCGUUCGCGAAGGUGACGAAUUGCAGAUCGUCUUACUACGUCAAGCUCCUGUCAAUGCUACCGACAUCGAGGUCAGCUUCACGGAGAUCAUCCAAGCCUGA